AUGUCUAGUGAGAUCGAGCUUGGUAGCGUCUCUCAGGGAGGCGACAUCACACAGCCCGAAAGUAGGGAUGGGCAUGCGGUCGACGCGAAAAUCAGCGAUGCGUGGAGGGCUUUUUACACCAUUAUCCAGGACGAGAGAGAACAAGACCGACAAAGGAAUGAAAGCGAACUGAAUUUCCUCCUCGUCUAUGCCGGUUUAUUUUCAGCCGUGGUCACACCCUUCCUCAUCUUGAUCUAUCCGUUUGGACCUGACGAGGCUGCUGCCACAAGCAACUAUCUGCAUCACAUCUCUCAACAGCUCGAGUCUUUCCGCGUUAGCACUGGCUUCAUAAACUCCACGACUCAAGCAUCUCCUACCGUUGAGGACGUCGAAAAUGUAAACAUCGUGGGUGUUCUCUGGACUCUGAGCUUGCUGUGGGGCAUUACUGCUGCUCUGCAUUGCAUCGCCAUAUUGUGGUACCGCUCCGCAUUGGGUUUCUACUGGGCUUAUGAUCCCACAUCUCCGCGUAAAAAGUUGGAGAGACUCCUAGCUUUGACACCCGAGCGUCAGGACUUGAUGGUCACCAGUGCACAGUGGCCUCGUGUGUUCCUGGUCAUAUCCAUUUUCACUUUCAUCACGGGAUUACUCAUUUUACUAUCGCCCCAAUCCGAUUUCGUCAUUCUUCAGUUAUUAGCCCUUGAGCUCAACCUUCCUCUCGUCCGGGGAGAGCACUCGUCCAUCUCCCUCAAGCUGCUCAACAGACUUCAGGAAAACGACGACCUCUUCAACGGUGCGAAUGAAAAUGGGAUUGACGAGUCGGAUGCGGCUGCCGUAGGAUCGUACGCAUCCGCCUCGUCAAUCCCAGAGCACGCGAUGGAGAGGAUCGAUGUACAGAAUGAGGUUCUGAGUACUCCGGAGUUGGUGCCCGAGGUCUAUAGUGACGAGGGGAACAGCAAGGAGAAAGGAUUCCGUAGCAGGGGGGAUUCUAGGGUGGGAUUGCUUGCUGACAGAGCAUUGUCAUUUAAUCACUCUGACGGUUUUCCCGAUAUCGACGUUGAGAAUCGGCGAGCGGAUGAAGUUGAUAGUCAGGUUGCCGCGUAG